AAAACUUGAAUUCAGGCACUGUGUCUCUCUGGCAGUAACUGGAGCUACUUCUAUAAGUGCUAUCUAACUUUCUUCCUUCUUUUCGAUUUUCUCCAAGUUUCGAUCCUUUGUUUCCACCUCUACGAUCUUCCUUUCAAGUUUCACAGGCAACUGCGAUAUUGUUUUUGGAGCUUAACAGAUUCCAAAGAGAAGAGGCGAAGGAAAACUAAAACCAUAUCUCAGCCGCUCUGGAAUUUAUAUGGCGAACAGAUACUAUUAACUCGAUACUGCUAAGAAGUUGAACAUCUUUAGAGAAGAUGGUGAAGCAUCGCUUCAGUGAGUCUAUAAAGUCUUUGUUUGGAAGUCAUAUUGACCUUGAUAAAGAAGAGCCGCUCCAGGAAGCUAAAACUGAAAUUGAAGACAAAGUGAAAAGGAUAUUGAAACUUAUUAAAGAUGACAACCUUGAAGAUGAUGGUAACCCAGGAGGUCUUUCUAAGAAGGAACCACUUGUUGAGCUGAUUGAGGAUUUCCACAAUCAAUACAAAUCACUCUAUGCACGGUAUGAUCAUCUAACUGGCGAGUUAAGGAAAGAGAUCAACGGCAAGCGAGAAAAAGGGAGUUCUUCCUCAGACUCAGACUCAGAUUCGGAUUAUUCUUCAAAGGACAAAGACAGCAAAAAUGGACAACUGGAAAAUGAAUUUCAAAAGAUAAUUGAUGGCUUAAAGCAAGAACUUGAAAUGGCGCAUGCGGAAGUUGCUGAAUUGAACCAGAAGUUAAAAAUUACGCAUGAAGAGGAGGAGGAUUUAAAUUCAAAAUAUCUUGCAGCAUUGAGCAAGAUAGAAGAAGCAGACAAAAUUAUCAUUGAUUUGAAAACUGAUGCUGAAGCAUUAGGUAAUCAAAGAUCAAAACUUUUGGUUGAGAAUGCUGAACUAAAUAAGCAACUGGACAUUACUGGUAAGAUAGAAGCUGAACUGAGUCAAAGAUUGGAAGACUUGAAGACAGAAAAAGAUAGUUUGACCUUAGAAAAAGAGACUACUCUCCAACAGAUUGAUGAGGAAAAAAAGAUUACGAAUGGCCUGAGAACCCUUGUUGAUCAACUGAAAGAUGAGAAAUUAGAAAUUGUGAAAGAAUUAGAAGCAGUUACAAGGGAAAUUUCCAUUCUAAAGCCGCAGUUGGAACAUGCAGAACAGCAAAUGACAAAUAUGGGCCACAAUCUGAAAGUCACUGAGGAAGAAAAUGAAUCUUUAAAAGGUGAACUGAGUAAGAUAGAAGCUGAACUGAGUCAAAGAUUGGAAGACUUGAAGACAGAAAAAGAUAGUUUGACCUUAGAAAAAGAGACUGCUCUCCAACAGAUUGAUGAGGAAAAAAAGAUUACGAAUGACCUGAGAACCCUUGUUGAUCAACUGAAAGAUGAGAAAUUAGAAAUUGUGAAAGAAUUUGAAGCAGUUACAGGGGAAAUUUCCAUUCUAAAGCAGCAGUUGGAACAUGCAGAACAGCAAAUGACAAAUAUGGGCCACAAUGGGAAAGUCACUGAGGAAGAAAAUGAAUCUUUAAAAGUGAAACUUUCACAGGCUUUAGAUGAGGUUCAGCUGGUGGCUCAAAACAGUAUAAAAGAAUUUGUAGCUGAAUUGAGUCAGUUAAAGGAGAAACUUGAUGAGAGAGAAAGGGAAGUUUCAAGCUUCACUCAGAUGCUUGAAGGGUAUCAGAAUGAAUCCUCAAAUCAAAUCAGGGAACUAGAGGCACAAAUCGCAAAACUGAAACUGGAAUUAGAAUCACUGCAAAACCAGAAGAAAGAUAUGGAAGAGCAAAUUAAGAGCAGCACCACUGAAGCAAGGGAACUGGGAGAGCACAAUUUAAGGCUACAAAACCAAAUUUCAGAACUUGAAAUGAAGUCCAAAGAAAGGGAAGAGGAACUAUCUGCUAUCAAGAGGAAACUCGAAGAUACUGAGAAUGAGUCAUCUUCUAAAAUAGCAGAUUUGACAUCUCAGAUAAACAAUCUGCUGACUGAUAUCGGUACAUUACAUGCUCAGAAAAAUGAACUGGAAGAGCAGAUAAUUUUUAAGGGUAACGAGGCAUCAACUCAAGUCAAAAGUAUUACAGAUGAGGUGAAUGUGUUGCAGCAGGAAGUGGAGUCCCUACAACACCAAAAAUCUGACUUGGAAGUUCAGUUUGUGGAAAAAGUUCGAGAAAAUUCAGAGUAUGUGAUUCAAAUGCAAACCCUGAAAGAGGAGGUUGACAGAAAAACCGUGGAACAAGAGAGACUUUUGGAAGGCACAGAAAAUUUAAGCAUACAGAUAAAGAAUCUGGAAUUAGAGAUGAACAAUAUAAAGAACAAAAGGAAUGAAGAUGAAGAGAAAAUAAGGGCUAACAGCCAUGAGAUCAGUCAUUUGAGACAGGAGAAGUUGGAGCUAAAUGACAAGAUAGAAGAACUGGAGAAAAGAUCAGCAGAGAAUCAAUCUGAGAUCUCGGUUCUCCAGGAUAAACUUAUUAAGGCAGAGGAAGAGGGUUCUGCUCAAAUAAUGGCCUUCAGUGAGCAAAUCAACAAUCUUCAAAAUGAUUUGGUUUCCCUGCAGAAUGAGAAAGAGGAAUUAGCACAGCAGUGUGAAAGGCUGAAGUUGGAGGUGGACUCCAUGCACAGCCAGAAGAGUGAAGUUGAAGAGCAAAUAAGAGCUAGAGACCAUGCGAACAGUGAGCUGAGAGAGGAAAAUUUGGAAUUGAAGGGAACAAUUACUGUGCUGGAGAAAACAUUAGCAGAGAAAGAGGCUGAGUUAUCUACUUUGCAGGAAAAGCUUCACGAAAAAGAAAAUGAGGCUUCAGGGCAAAUAAUUGCCUUCACAGCCCAAGUUAACAACCUGCAAGAAGACUUGCUUUCCUUGCAGAAAACGAAAGAAGAAUUGGAUCUCCACUGUGAAAAAUUAAGAGAAGAACAUGCACAAAGCCUUCUAAUGGUAGAGAAUGAAAAGAAUGAAUUAGCAAGCAAAACUGUGGAUCUUCAGAGAAAAUUGGAAGAACGAGAAGAUGCAUAUCAGAAGUUGAAUGAAGAAUAUAAACAAAUUGAUAGUUGGUUUAAGGAAUGCAAGGUCAAACUUGAAGUUGCAGAGAAGAAGAUUGAAGAAAUGGCAGAGGAGUUUCGUGAAGGCAUUGAAUUGAAAGAUCAGAUGGUAGAAGACCUGAAAAGAGACCUAGAAGAGAAAGAAGAUGAAAUCAGUACUUCGCUUGAGAAUGUCCGGAUGCUUGAGGUUAAGCUUCGUCUGUCAAACCAGAAGCUCCGGGUCACAGAGCAAUUGCUAAGUGAGAAGGAAGAGAGUUUUAGAAAGACGGAAGAAAAGUUUCAGCAUGAUCAGAGAGCACUUCAAGACAGGAUUGCAACUUUGUCAGCAAUAAUUGCUGCUAACAAUGAAGCUCUUCAUGAAAUUACCACUAAUAUUAAAGAGUGUGCGAACAGUGUUAUGGCUGGCAUAGAAACUGUAAGCUGGAAAUUUUCUGAUGACUGCAAAAAUUAUGAGAACCGUAUCUCAAACAUCUCAAACGAGCUUCUGGUUGCAAAGAAUUGUGUCAGGGAGAUGAAUAGGGGAAAAGAGCAGUCAAACAAAGACAAACACCAUUUGUUGGAGCAGCUGCGGGAUAAAAACGAACAGGAAAUGGCUUUGAGGGAGAUGGUUGAGAAGCUAGAGGCAAAGGUAACCAAGGGGGAAUCAGAAAAGAUGAAUCUGACAACAACUGUAGUUCAACUUAAGAAGACAGUUGGAGAACUAGAGAAAAUGAUGAAAGAGAAAGAGGACGGUGUGUUGCUCUUGGGGGAGGAGAAGAGGGAGGCCAUCCGGCAGCUGUGUUUGUGGAUUGAUUAUCACCGUGAUCGUUAUGACUAUCUCAAGGACAUUCUAUUAAAGACUCGCAGAGGCCAGAGAGCUGCCUAAAUCAUGAUUAUUUUUUCUGCAGCUUGUCCAGUUAGGUAUGUUCUCGUUAUUCAAGUCAUAAUUAGCUCUCUCUUUUUUCAUUUCAUUUGAUUUGAUUUUUUUUUUUCUCAAACAUAUGCUUGUUGAUAAUUCAUUCUGUAUCCAGGAGCAUCGUAUAGAAUUGGUUUUGUUCUUCUC